AAGGUUACGUCGAAUUUGAGGUUAUAUUUUAAAACGUCAAAAGAAAUAAGUUUUUAAGAGUAACUACAAAUACAAGAAAUAUUCAUACACAAUGAGUGCAGAGUCAACUGGCACUGAUAUUUUGGAUCAAUACCGCAACAUUUCGAACAAAUUAAAAAAGCGAUUUCUUCGCAAACCGAACGUCACAGAAGCUUGCGAGUCUUUCAGCGCUUUGGGUAAACAAUGUGAAUCUUCAGAGCUGCCUUCGUAUGCAGGCAUGUGUUGGAUAUCGGCAGCUCGUUGUGAAGGCUCCUUGGGCAACAUUCCAGGCGAGGCUUCGUGUUUAGUGCGGGCAGCAAGACAGUUUUUGUCCGCAGAAGCCAAAGAUCAUGAUUUGGGUUGCCCCAGUCCGUCACAGGAAAACCUUGAAGCAGCUUUAGGUUGCUACGCUUACGCUUCUAGCCGCUACCCCGAAGACUGCAUGAUUCCAAUAGGAUUAAGACUAGAGUUAGUUGAUUUUUUGAACAAAGUAGACAGAAAUGAGGAUGUGGAAGAACAUCUUAGAACGGCUGUGGAACUGUCUGGAGAUAAUUUAGACACUAAACUCUACUGUCUAGAGAGAUUGGCGUCACAUUAUAUUGAAACACGUGAUUAUACCGGAGCUUUAAAUUCGUUUAAUGAAAUUGUGAAUAUCCUUGAGCGUCUACCGACAAAUGGAGCCAGAGCUGAAAUUCUUUUAAAAUGUGAAGUCAGCCGGGUGUUAUUGUUGUUGAUUUUGCGACCAGCGCCGCAGAAACUGUCACCAAAUUUAGCAAAGUUGCUUGAAAAGUACACCUGGGGAGACCAAAAUGAUAAAACUCUUAACGCUUGUGGAAUGUCAGAACGUAUGUUCAUCCUUCUGCAGUCACUGGUGGCAACAUGUCAGUCUUUAGAUACAACAAAUCUGGACCAUCUAGAAAGUGAACUGUGGAAGCUAGUGGGGAAUGAAGAACGAGAACUACUCAGAACUUUGGUCAAAAUUUAUCUUGAUGUUUAAAUUUUCGGUGUCAAAUUUAAAGUUGGCAAUGCAUGUGUCAAAAGAAAAAAUAUGUUGGUACCCAAAACAAUUGAAUCAGUUUUGCUGUCGUUUUUGAGUUGGACUUGGACUGAAUUU